AUGCAGGCCCCACCACAAAACCCUCCACCAUCAGUUUCAGAAUCUUUUGUAGAUAACAAUUCAACUAAUCCUGGAUCUUUUGAUGAAUUACAUAGAAAAUGCAGAGAUAUAUUUCCACUUUGUUUUGAAGGUGCCAAAGUCAUGCUUCAAAAAGGUAUAAGUUCUCAUUUCCAGGUUUCACAUACUUUAAACUUAUCUCCUAAUAACACCGGUUAUAAAUUAGGUGCUACAUAUGUUGGUUAUAAGCAAUUAAAACAAGGUGAGGCAUUUCCUGUUUUUUUGGGUGACACAGAUGUUAAUGGAAACACUGCCGCUACAGUUAUUCACCAAUUUGGUGAUAGUUUGAGAUGUAAACUUCAAGCUCAAGCUGAAAAAAAUACUUUAAGUGCAACUCAAGGAAGCUUAGAAUAUCGUGGCCGUCUUUGGACGUCAGCAAUUACAGCAGCUAAUGUUGAUAUAAUUAAUAAUUCUGGUAUAGUUAUUUUCAAUUACCUCAGAAAGUUAACAAAACACAUUGAUGCUGGAGCAGAAUUUGUUCACCAAUAUGGAAUUCCAACACCAGGUGGUAUGAUGAGUGUUGUUUCAUAUGCUUUAAGGUACACAGCUAAUGAUUUUGUAACAGCUGCAACUUUUGGAAGUUCUGGUCUUCAUUUAUCUUAUUUCCAUAAACAAGCUGAAAAUUUAGCUUUUGGGGUAGAAUUUGAACACAAUAGUAGAAUGGAAGAAACAGUCACAACAGUAGGAUAUCAAACUGAGAUCCCUGAAAUAGGUGUGACUAUGAAAGCAUCAUUAGAUACAAAUUGGUCUGUCGGAGGAGUGUUUGAAAAGAGACUUUCUAACAAAUUACCUUUCACUCUUGCAGUCAGUGGGCUUUGGAAUCAUGCGAAAUGCCAAGGGAAGUUUGGAGUAGGGUUUAUUGUUGGAUAA